GAUGUCAGACACCAAGAUCCUGAUGGAGGAAGGCUAAGAUCAAACGAAAAGCCUGCAGGAUUUUUUUACAUAUGGAUUUCCAUUUUUUAAUGCUGCUGCAAUCCAUCGUCCUGCUUGCCUUAAGAGUGGCCGGCAUCUCAUCCCUUUGUCUUCUCUCAUUCUUAAAAUCUGUAGCCUCUCUAAGGUUAGACGGGUGCCCCAUUAAGAGAACGUACCUCACAGGAAACCAUGAGUUUCCUUGCAGACAGCCCAUUGGCCACCUUCACGAAAGGCACUGCUACAACAGCUGGAAGAAAAGGGAAAUGCUUUCCUCUGGACAGAGUUUGGGCUGCUGAUGGGAGCUAAUUUGCCAGCGAAGGCAUUUGCUUUGGAAGAGGCUGAAGUUACUCCUGUCCUUCACCAUGACUGACACGAGCCUCGAAUCAACAACACCCAUGUACAACUACGACGAUUUCCCGGAAGCCUGUGACCAGAGGGACAUCUUGAACUUCGGGGUCAUCUUCUUACCGACUCUUUACUCCCUCGUCUUUGCCUUCGGCCUGGUGGGGAACCUGCUGGUGGUCCUGGCGCUCACCACCAGCAGCAAACACAAAAGCAUCACUGACAUUUACCUCCUCAACCUGGCCUUAUCCGACCUGCUCUUCGUGGCCACUCUGCCCUUCUGGAUCCACUACGUGCUCAACGAGCAGGGCUUCAACAACGCCUUGUGCAAGCUCAUCACCGCCUUCUACUUCAUCGGGUACUUCAGCGGGAUCUUCUUUAUCACCGUCAUAAGCAUUGACCGGUACGUGGCCAUAGUCUUGGCCGCCAACUCCCUCAACAGCAGGACGGUCCAGCAGGGCGUGGUGGUCAGUCUCAGCGUCUGGGCGGCCGCCAUCCUGGUGGCCACGCCCCAUUUCAUGUUCACCGAGCUGGUGGACCACGAGUGCCUGGGGAAUUACCCCGACAUGCUUUGGGACAUCUGGCCGGUGCUCCAGAACGUGGAGACCAACUUGCUGGGCUUCGUGGCUCCCUUUCUCAUCAUGUGCUACUGUUACUUUGCCAUCAUCCAGACGAUAUUUUCUUGCAAAAACCACAAAAAAAUCAGGACAAUCAAGCUGAUUUUGGUGGUGGUGGUGGUCUUUUUCCUCUUCUGGACCCCUUACAACGCGAUGGUCUUCCUGCAGACGCUGAAACAUUACCACUUCUUCGCCAGCUGCGACCUGAAGAAGCACCUGAGGCUGGCCAUGAACGUCACGGAAGCCGUGGCCCUCAUCCACUGCUGCCUCAAUCCCUUCAUCUACGCUUUCGCGGGCGAGAAGUUCCGCAAGUACCUUUACCACCUGUAUCGGAAAUGCCUGUCCGUGCUGUGCAACUACGACGCCCUUUCUCACAUCCCGGCACCCGACGCUCACAAGCGGGAAAGUACCAUCAUCAGUAACAGCGUCACCAGCUUCACGAGCGACGGGGACGGCUCCAUCCUUCUCUGAGAGCGGGAGCCUCUCUGAGCCGACUCCCCGCGGAACGGGAGCGGGAGGAGCCUUCAUCGCGUCCCUCCGAGGAGCCGGCUCGUGUUCAGGAAGAGCCGAGGCACCUGUUCCCGACUCCGGGAAAACGGAGACUGGCAGGGACAGAAAAACGCUGCCUUCCCGGGCAGGCAGGCAGGCUUGCUCCCGUUUUCUCCCCUCUUCACCAGACGGAACCUUCCAAUCCCUCAGGGCCACUACCUUGCUCAAGAAACUCUAAGAGCUGCGUGUUGCCUCCUGAAAAAGAUCCAAACUCCUUCGUCCGGCUCUCACAAUCCUCCCAAAAUUCUGCUCCAGCUUUCAUCCCCUGAGCUAACUUCCCAUCAUCCUCCGGCAUAGCUUGGGGUAGUGCGGUAUAGUAGGCAGAGCCUUUGACUUAAAUACAGAAAACCCCGGCUUGGAAUCUCACUUUGGAGGCUGUGUAGCUAUGACUAAGAGCUAAUCAUUUUAAGUCUCUGAAACUGUAGUGUUUCAUCUGUAAAAUGGGUACGAGAAGAGCUCUACUGUGUAACACAUAGGAUUUUGAGAGUCAAAUGACAUAUAGAUUGCACUGACAAAUCUAAGAAUAAAUACUUAAAUGAGUUAUUAUCCCAAAAACAUUCACAAAAUGUGAUGCGCCCCUUCAUUGCACCAUUUCUUCCUUGCAUUUCCUGGUGAUGCUAUUCAUAAAAUGCCCUUCCUUCUCUCCUCUGAGAAUCUGAAUCCUCUCCUUCCAAAUGAUCCUUUUUUUGGCCACUCCAAUCUAUGACAAUCUUUGUCUUCUCUGAGCAUUUUACCAUUCCUGCAGCCCUGGCGAAGUACUUUGUUUUCUCCCCUUCUUGUUGGUUGCUUUGGCCUCCCAAACUACAAUUAGUUCCCUGAGGGCAAAGGUAGAGUCAUUACCUAUGGUACCCAGCUCAAUUCUGGGUAUAGAAUGGUUGCUCCGUAAAGACUUAUCAAUACGUACUUUAAUCUAAAUCUUCUAAUUUGACUGAGAUCUUUCCUUUUUCUUUUGGAGUGUAAGUGACUUGCCUAGACUCACAAAUCGGUAAAUGUCUUAGGUAGGAUUUGAAAUCAGGUCUUUUGGACUCCAGGGUCUGGUGUUCUAUCUACUUUGCCAUCCAGCUGCCCCUUUGAGAGCUUUUCAAAGAAGGUGAGCAUUGCUUUCAAUUAGUGUCAGAGGUGGGGUAUAAACCCAAGUCUGUCCUAACCCCUGUCCAUCAUUCUAAUCACUUUCACUUUACAGAUGAGGACACUAAGCUUCAGGGAGUUUACAUGGCCACAUAGCUAAAAAGUCGCAGAGGUGGGGUUCUAAGACCAUAGAGGUACAGAAAUGGCAGAACUGGGAUUCAAAAUCAGGGCAAUGGACACCAAACCCAGUUCCUUUUUUGUUCUACCAUGCUUGUAAGGGAAUUAUUUCUCAUUACACACUAAUAGUUGGCUUUUUCCUUUUGUAAAGGUCUAUACCUUUCAAAAGGUCUAAACCUUUGACGUGUGUGAAUAUUGAGAAGUUACGGUUGGGGACAUAAGGGGGAAAGAACUCUUGGGUGGGGUUGUCAAGAGCUCUGAAAUCUCCAAGUUAAUAAGAAAUUGCAUCUGAUUUUCCUUGGAAUAAUUGUAUAGUUGUGAUAAAAUCAAGUUUGAACCCAGUGCUUGGUACAUAGCAAUUGUUUAAUUAAUGCUUUUUGAAGUAUCAGUAAAAUGUUUUUUGAAUUGAAUUAGUUAGGUGUAAGUUGUUUCCAGAUAUCCCUGAUAGCCUUUUGAAGGAAUUAAUUCAAAACUGUGAAAUCACUGAGUAGAAUCUAAUUCAAAAUUAGACCUAGAAGAAUAAGAACGCAUCCUCUUUUUUUUGUUAAAUAAUUUAAAAUUUCUCUUCCUUCUGAAAGAAAAUAUUAUGUUUAUACCAUGGGAAAAUUCCUUUUCAAAAGUGCUGAAUGCAGCGCAAUAGCAAGAGACAAAAAAGGAAGUCCCCCAGAAGCUAAAACUGUGAAGAGGUUGGUGUUGAAAUACGUAAAUAACAAGAAAACCAGUUGGCUUGCCAGAGUUAGCAAAUGGAACAGCAGCAGUCACCUUCUCAGGUGACAUUUCUUUUUGACUUAAAAAACAUACAUCCUUCACUACUACAAAGUAUAGGUGAUGUCACUGGGUGGCCCAACUUUGAGAAGACAGUCAAGAAGACCCUUUCUCUUCUUGACCUAAGUUCCUUUGGCAGAAAGUCUGUCCCAGAUGUCACAUGACCCAGCAUUAUUUUUCUUGUAUAGUGAAUAGUGUCUUAUUAGGCAACAGCUUCAAGUCAAUGGUUUCAUGCUUGCAUUGACCACUGUAAUUUCAUGACUAUGGUCAACUAUCCCAGUAUUCUUGGUGGUUGUACAUUUGUCAUUGUCAGCUCCUUUAGAUGAUUUAGAGGUAAUGAAAAUGACUAGUGGACAAGAUUGUGAUUUUCCUAAUUCAAGAGAACUCAAACCAACAUGAUGGGAGCAACACAUUGUCUUUAUUUUUGUUUUUUGAGAUUGGAUCUCCUUAUCUCAUCCAAUCUAGAAGUGUGGUGGUCUCACAGGGCCUGAUUCCAAUACUGAUUGGUACAGGAUAUAACCUGUUCUGAUUUCCCAAAAUGAGUCAGUUUGUAUGCCAGUAGACAGCCUGGAAGAUGUCCACCCUGGGAAUUCAUCUUUCAGACUUAGGAAGAAUAUCUUAUCAGUCUUAACUCUACUGCAGCUCAAAACUCCCAAACUCAGGUGAUCCACUAUCCUCGGACUCUCUAGCAGGAAAGACUAGAGACGAAACUAAUAGAAAAAAAAUGAUGACAGCUGCUACAUCAAGCCCAAUUUUUGUGCAUAGGUUUAUUUCUCACGGGUAAGAGAUUGUGAGUGGGGAACAGAGGGGCCACAAGCAGAAAAGAGAAAAAGGGAGGGAAAGAAAGAGAGGAUAGAAGAUUAGAAAUUAAAGUAUUGAGAAAGUAGUAGGCAAUAAAGUACUUAGGAGCAGAAUGGAUCUUAGAUGUCAUCAAUCCCUUUGUUUAUAGAUAAGGAAACUGAGCAUGACUCCAACUCCAAAAGAAUUGUAAAGCAAUAUGCUUCUCAAUUUACACAGUUUGAAUUAAGUGAAGGUAUCUAACUAAUAAAUAUCAAUUGAUUGUGAAAUAAACACAGACUGUUGAAAAUAUGAAACUAUUUUAUUGAAAAGUUCCUUGAGCCCAGGGAUUUUUUUCAUUCAUUGCCCUUGUAUGUUUAGUGCCUAGUAUAGUACCUAGAAAAUAGUAAUCAAUUAAUAAAUGUUUAGUGAUUGAUUAGAAAAAUACAUGCAAAAAACAGAAAUUUAGAAAUAAUAGA